UCGGACCACGUGAAGCGAGUGGAGCCUGAUUUAAAACCUGACAUUUAACAUCGCCUGCAGCUCAGUGUCUCUCAAACUUCGGUCGGAAGCAAAAGACUUUUCCAGAUUGUGUAGGGAUAUCAGCCUGGAUGGAUGGCGAUCGUUUAGUUCGUCCUUUGCUCCUCGGUCGAAGUACUGGUGCUUCGGUUUAUUUCGCUGACCAUUUUGUUUUGCACGAUGUCUCUAUUAAGUAAUAAAGCAACUGUUGUCAUUUUCUUCUCUACCUCCUCAGCUGGCUGCCGCUAAGUCAGGCUCCAUCAGUGAGGGUUGCCAUUACUGGGGGUUUAGUUUUGAGGGUGGAGGUGGGGAGGUGGGUUAAUAUUUGGCUGUGUGUGUGUGUUUUUUAAUCUGUUUGCCCCUGAACACUUACCACACUUUAUCCGCGAGGAAUGAUGAAUAAGCAAGUCCUUUCUGAUCGGAGGCUGGCAUCUGUUGCUCCAUUGAAAGAGUACAGCAAUGUGGACAGGAAGGACACGGAACUGGUUCUGGUGAAGGAGCUGAAUGGGGUUCAGUACACCAACACUGCCAUCAUCAACAAUUCCCCGCAGUUCACAGCCGCCGAGGGGGAGACAGAGGAGAGGGAGACAUGGGGCAAGAAAAUCGACUUCUUACUCUCGGUUAUCGGUUUUGCUGUAGACCUGGCGAACGUGUGGAGAUUUCCCUUUCUCUGUUACAAGAACGGAGGCGGUGCAUUCCUUAUCCCUUACUUGUUCUUUCUGUUAAUCGCCGGAAUGCCUUUGUUUUACAUGGAGUUAGCAUUGGGCCAAUACAACCGAGAGGGUGCAGCUACCGUCUGGAAAAUUUGCCCCAUCUUCAAAGGUGUGGGCUACGCUGUGAUACUAAUAGCACUAUAUGUUGGCUUCUACUAUAACGUCAUCAUAGCCUGGUCCUUGUACUAUCUCUUCUCUUCAUUUACAUCCGACCUCCCAUGGGUACACUGCAAUAACCAUUGGAACAGUCGCAACUGUACUGACCCAAAGGUACUCAAUGCCUCAGUCCUGGGAAAUGGAACCAAAUAUUCAAAAUAUAAAAUCACACCAGCUGCGGAGUACUAUGAGCGUGGAGUUCUCCAUCUCCAUGAAAGUACUGGAAUUCAUAACUUGGGAUUGCCGAGGUGGCAACUUUCCCUCUGCCUGCUUGUUGUGGUAAUCAUUCUCUACUUCAGUCUCUGGAAAGGGGUAAAGACUUCAGGAAAGGUGGUGUGGAUCACUGCGACCAUGCCCUAUAUGGUGCUACUUGUACUGCUGAUCCAUGGGAUCACACUGCCAGGUGCAAUAGAUGGGAUCAAGGCCUACCUCAGCAUUGACUUUGAACGCCUGAAGGAAGCUCAGGUCUGGAUUGAUGCAGCAACUCAGAUCUUCUAUUCCCUUGGUGCUGGUUUUGGAGUUAUAAUUGCAUUUGCCAGUUAUAACAAGUUUGAUAACAACUGCUAUCGCGAUGCUAUUCUCACCAGCUCCAUCAACUGUGUAACGAGCUUCUUCUCAGGAUUUGCGAUUUUCUCUGUGUUGGGCUAUAUGGCAUUCAAGCAUGGAGUUGAUAUUUCAGAAGUGGCAACAGAUGGUCCAGGCUUAGUCUUUGUUAUCUACCCUGAAGCAAUCUCAACGCUCCCAGGGUCAACAUUUUGGGCAAUUAUGUUCUUCAUAAUGCUGCUGACAUUGGGGAUUGACAGCUCAAUGGGUGGUAUGGAGGCCGUUGUUACUGGAAUUACAGAUGACUUCAAAUUUUUGAAGAAACACCGAAAGCUUUUCACAUUUGCAACCGCAGGUGGAACUUUCCUGGUUGCACUGUUCUGCAUCACCAAUGGUGGAAUUUAUGUGCUCACAUUACUAGACCAAUUUGCAGCAGGGACAGCAAUCCUCUUUGGGGUAUUAAUAGAAGCCAUUGGAGUAUCUUGGUUUUAUGGAGUUGACAGAUUCAGUGAAGACAUCAAGCGGAUGACCGGCUUCAAACCAGGUCUCUACUGGAGGCUCUGCUGGAAGUUUGUUAGCCCAGCCUUUUUACUGUUUGUAGUGAUUGUCAGUAUUGUGAAGUUCAAGCCUCUAACCUACGAUGAAUAUGUAUUUCCAAACUGGGCAAAUCUUGUUGGAUGGGGAAUAGCAGUGUCUUCAAUGUCACUAGUACCGAUCUACGCCAUCUACAAACUCUUUACCAUUCGUGGGACCUUAAAAGAGAGAAUAGCAUACUGCAUCACCCCCGAAAAUGAACAUUAUCUUGUGGAGCAAGGAAAAGUGCAACAGUUUAAGCUCAAGCACUGGCUUGCAAUAUGAAAACUUCCAGAACAACUACAUUACAAUACAAGGUGCAGUGGAAAUAAUAAAUUCCUGGACUUUGAACGUUAUUUCUAUGAAAGUUUCAGAAAUGUCAGAUUCCAUUACAGCUCAAGUUCAGUGCCAUAUCCAUCAUGCUAUGAUGUGGCUGGCUGACCUCCUGACCUUUGGGUAACAGCAAAGGCAAAUUAUUUAUUUUGUAACAACUUUUUUUUCAUUCACCGGGUUUGACAAAUUACAGCUGUCUACGUAGCAUUGAUUAUUUAAUCUGGAAUAUCACUAUUUACUUUAUUG